AUGCCUGAACAAACAUUAGGUUGUCAGGUGGGUAAUUUGGUGGCCACUAACUCAGAAGGUGAGAAAAUAAUGGGUUUUCGCAUAGCAGGUAUUGUUAGGCGGACUUCGUUUUAUACAACCCAAGCAGCCUCCAAGAGGGUUGACGUACCAAAAGGCUAUGCUGCAGUCUAUGUUGGAGAUAAGAUGAGACGGUUCACAAUUCCAGUAUCAUACUUGAACAAACCUUCAUUUCAAGAAUUACUCAGUCAAGCAGAAGAAGAAUUCGGAUACGAUCAUCCAAUGGGUGGUCUAACAAUACCAUGCAAAGAAGAGGAAUUCCUAAACGUUACCGCUCACUUGAAUGAGCUGUAA